AAUUAAGUCAACCAAAUGGGGCUGUUAGUAAUAUUAUUCUGUUUGCUGCUGAGUCCGAGUCUAAUACUCAGUCAGGGAGAUUUAAGGAUUGUCAGUGGAUCCGCCUCGAAGCCCAAGCAGUUUCCCUACCAGGUGUCCUUACACUGCUAUUUUCGCAACUCGCCGGAUGCGCCCAGUUUGUGUGGGGGCACCAUUAUCUCACCGCGUUGGAUACUUACAGCCGCCCACUGUCUGCAGGAGCCAGACACGGAUCUUGUCAAAGUAACUGUUACUGCGGGCGCUGUGAAUAGGGCAAAUAAAAGCGAGCCUGGCUUCAUAAAGAUGGUGGUUAAGGAGGAGGAUACCAUUGUGCACCAUCUGUUUGAUCGCAACACUGUGGCCAAUGACAUAGGACUCAUCAGGCUACCCAACGAUCUUCGGCUGAAUGCAUAUGUCAAGGCCGCCAAGUUACCCAAUCCGAAGGUAUACAACAGCUACAUUGGUCGUGCGGGAGUCACCUCCGGUUGGGGGCUGACCGCGAGGGGAAAACUCACCAAUGUCUUGCAAUAUGUCCAUGUCCGCAUCAUAUCCAAUACGGCAUGCGAGCGUAAGUGGAAUACGUUUCUGAAAGUCGCGCGCAAACUAAUGCUGGACUCCUUCUUGUGCAUCGAUUCCAAGGCUGGACUGCCCUGUCGUGGCGACUCUGGUGGUCCUUUGGUACUCAACGAUGGCUCGCUAACUGUAGUCGGUAUAGUCUCACAUGGCUACGAUGCCAAGUGCGAAAUCCCACUGCCCGAUGUAUAUACACGCGUUUCCAACUUUACCGAUUGGAUCGAGAAACACACGGGUCGCCUGUAAGGGAUCUGAAUAUAAUUAGGUUAAUCUCACUAGAGUAUAUAUCUGAAGUAUACGAAAAGAAAACUAUAAUAUUUCUUUUGUGGCAAAAUAAAAAUAUCUGCAAUCUCAAAA